AUGGUGCAUCAAUCUGAAAGUUCUGAUUGUUCUGAACAACUUGAAAGUAUCGGUCAGAUUAAAGAUGUCGUCAUACUUAAAGAUGACGAGCAAGGCUUCGGGAUUAAUAUUGUUGGUGGCGUGGAUAAGCAGUAUUUGCCUGGCCAUUCUGGAAUUUUCAUUUCUCGUGUACGAAGAGAAGACAUUGAAGGAAUCUCUGAAGGCGAUCGGAUUUUAGCUGUAAAUGGCCAGAAAUUAGAUGGAAUGACAAAUGAGGAUGUUGUUAAUUUACUUAGGGAACUUAGCGGUGAAUGUACAUUUACUAUUGAAACAAACGCGGAGCUCAUGAUUGAAAGAAAUUAUUUCAAAAACUCGGGGAAUUGUUGCAAUAAUACAGAACUCAGUAUUGGGAAUGUGGCAGAGAAUGUGGUUGUUGGAAUUGGUUUUGGUAUUUUGUUAGCCUUUGGAUUUAUUGGAAUGAAGCGAUUGACAGGAGGAUUGUGAGGGAAAAGAGAUUGAAAUAUAGAGGAAAUUAUAUAAUGUAUUUAUUAGUUGAAUAUGGAAUAUGUUGGUAUAUUUU